AUGAGCACGCGAUCGGAGCGCGCGCAGCGCUACGGUGUCGACUGCGGCGAGGGGCUCGAGUGGCCAGCGGGGUGGGUACCGGGCCGGGAGUAUGCAAAGCCGUUGGUCUUGACCAACAAGAGCGACAGCGCCAUGCGGCUGCGGUACCGGCUCCCCGAUUCCAAAUACUUUUCAAUGGCGUUUCCCGAGGAGAUCUUCUUGCUUCCCGGCCUCACGCACACGCUCGUCGUCACUUUCCGUCCCGUGCACCUCGAGUCGUACGACGACGCGGUGCAGUUCUCGAACGAGCGGGGGCAAAGCCCACUUGACAAGAGGCGGCCGGUGCCCACAGGGACCUUCUGCAUACCGAUUCGCGCGCACGUGCCGUCCGCGGCCGCCGUGGUCCCCGAAACUCUCGACUUUGGCUUCUGCCCUGUGGAUGAGACUGCCGUCAGGACCUUCCCCAUCUCCAACCGCGGCCAGUUGCCAAUCACUUUUGAGUGGUCCUACGAUGGGCCCUUUCGCCUCUCGCCCGCCUCGGGUGCUAUGCCUCCGGGAUCGUCCGUGACAAUUACGGCACGCUUCACGCCAUCCGAUGCCACCGUCUGCGUCGUGCGCUGCGUCUGCACGAUCCCCGAGGACCGCGCGCACGUGAUGACGCUCGAGGGAAUCGGAAAGUAUCCCUUUCUUGCUUCCGACUACGAAGCGAUCAACUUUGGUCGCGUUCUCGCCCGGGCCGAGUUUCGCCUGAGCAACCAGUCCCCCGUGAGCGCGCGCUACUUUAUCAGCCAGAGGGAGCGCGACGCGGCGCGGACCGUCUCGCUCGCACCCGUCUCCGGUGUCAUUCCGCCCGGUGGUGCAGAGACCGUGACCGCCAUCUUCCGUCCCGACGUGCGAGGCACGCAGACGCGCGAGAUCUACGACGUGGUGACGACAGGGGGCAACCGCAUCGCGAUAGAGUGCGCGGGAGAGGCUAUCGGGCCGAUCGUCGAGCUCUCCGCACGGUCGGUGGAUUUUGGCGACGUGCCGAUCGAGGAGCCGCGGCGAACGGUGACGCGGGUCGUGCAGCUCCAAAACCGGUCCAACUCGCAUGUGCCGUUCCAACUGCAUGCCGUCGAGGAGAACGGCGCCUUUGCCGUCGGCUGCACGGCGGGCGUCGUGCCACCGCGCCUCUCCCACACGCUGAGGCUCACCUACUCUCCCUCCGAGCCGGGCAACUACUACCGCCGGGUCGUGAUCCUCGUGCACAAUCAGGCGCCGCUCUGCUUGGAUGUCGUCGGGACUGGCUUCAACGACAAGAAGCGUCCGAUGACCCUCGCGCUCCCCGUCGUGGCGAGAGCGCGCGCGAGGGCGCGGCGCGGACUUCACCUUCUCAGCCCUGAGGAGCUCGACGCCUCUGCCUCGGCCAAGCGCGCCAGGUCGGCGGCACUGCUGGAAGGUGCCAGCAGCGGGUCCGGCGAGGGCGAGAGCGAAGGCGAGGGCGAGAGCGAGGGAGACCAGGACGAGGACGAUGAGGUAGAGCUAAUGAACGAGGUGUUCCACGGCUGCUGCGAUCCCACGGCGGCCCUCGCCUUUGACGAGGAGUACCUCGACUUUGGCGCCGCGUCGCGGCUGCGCGUGGGCGAGCCGCGCCUGCUCCGGCUGACCAACCGCACCCGUGGAAAGAUCGCAGUCCGCUGGGCACUUCCCCAUGGCUACGCAUCCGGUGGCUCGCUCGACCGACUGGGCGCCGUCUUUGCGGUCAAUCCAGCGACGUGCGACGUGGCUCCAGAGUCGACGGCAACCUUCAAGGUGCACUUCCUGCCACGCUCGGACAGCCAGCACUACUUCCAGCGCCUCGAGUGCGUCGCCAGCUUCAAGUCCAUGCGCUCCUUCCGACUGGUCUCCGAAGACAACUUUGUGCCACCCUGGUCGCUCGCAGUUGGCGCACAUGGUCACACCUUUGCGCCCGGGGCGAGCCGCUUCAUCGCGCAGCCUUUGCUGUCGCACCCUGUGCUCUCGUUUCCCGUGUGCCACGUCGGCGAGACCGGCUACCAGACCGUCUCGCUCACAAACGAGGGCGAGACGCCCAUGAUGUUUUCUCUGCGAACCGGCGCCUCCUGCAACUUUGCCAUUGUGCCACCUGCGGGCGUCGUUCCGGCCCUCGGCACUCAGCUGUUGGCGGUGCGCUUUAGCCCCACAGAGGUUGCGCAGUACGAUCGCACGGUGAGCCUAGUUCUCAACGGCGAGGAGGCGAACCCGCUCAAGAUGAGGCUGCUUGGUGCGGGCUCCGAGGCAUCGCUGCGUCUACCGCACGGCGGCCGGCUCUUCCUACCAACCACCUGCGUGGGCGCUUCCUCAACGGCGUGCCUGACCAUAUCCAACCCUACUCGCCUGCCUCUCGCGUAUGAGUGGGACCUUCCGGAGAGCGCCGCGGAUGUGCUGAGCGUCUCCCCUGCCGCUGGAGUGCUGAGUGGCAAGGCCUCGCUGCAAACCACCUGGGUCUUUUCGCCGAGUUCGCCGGGACAUAUGCUCGCCAAGGUGCCCUGCCUGGUGUCCGCCGUCGACAGCCGCACUGGCGGCACAGGUAGCUACGAGGUGCUGAACCAAGUCCUCACUGUUUCCGGCGCCGGGGCGUCGGGACAGCUAAGCGUGUCGCCGGCUGUGCUGGACUUUGGUGCCAUCCAGGUUGGCCUGCCGCGCCGGUUGCCACUGACGCUGGUCAACUCGUCGACCGUCGACCUGUGGUACGAGCUCUCCUUUUGCCGAACCGAGGCUUGCGCGAUGGACGAGGCCGGAGAAGCUGACGUCCUCCGUUGCCUCGCGCCUCGCGGCCUGGUUCCCGCCCGCAACUCGGUGGCGGUGACGGUACAGCUCGAGGCCCUAGCGCGGGGGUCAAUCCAUUACGACGUCCUCUGCGCCAUUGCACCCGGAGGGAACGGCGACGCUGAAAGUGUGCUGCUUUUGCCGCCGACGCGCCUCAGCGGCAUCCAAGCCAGGGGAGAGUACCCGGCGCUGCAAGUAGUGGACGCCCGACUGAGCGGUGUCUCGCAAGAGGCGCUCUGGCGCUCGCUACAGCUGAAACAGGUCAACGACGAGCUCAAUGACGUGCCCUCUGCAGAGGAGAAGGCGUGCAUGUCGGUGGAGGGGAAGCCACCGCCCAUCUUGCACGCGCCCGCCACCUCGACCUUCCGUCGCUUCGAUCUUGUGCUUCCACCGCGCAUCCAAACUUCGGCGGAGCAGCGACUGCGGCUGCUCAUUCGAAACACGAGUAGACUCCCUGCGCGAUGGACCCUCAAGUACCCGACCGAAUCGGACGUGCAGGCGGAGCCUUGGGUGGACUUUGGCCCGCCCUCGGACGAACAACUGCCGCUCACCCUCGUCGUCGAGUGCGGCAAGCGGCUGGUGCUUAACGUAAAGGGCCGGACGCUCGGGCCGACUGAGACCCACCUCGCCCUCCCGUCGGGCGGCAUCCGGCUGGGCGCAGCGCCCAUUGGGCUGCCCACGCCCCUGCGCCAGACGCUCGAGCUUCCUAAUCCUUCGGCCGUACCGGUAGAGUACGAGAUCAACAGCGCUGCCCUGGAUGCGUUCACCUCCAAGCAUCUCGGCUUCGAGGUGUUGUCUUGCCCUGAGCCUGCCGGUGUCAUCUCACCGGGCAGCUGCGCGAGGGUGCCGCUGCUCUUCCACCCGCUCGAGGCGCGCGAGUACUUCAUAUCUCUGCCGCUCCGUUUUGGACAUGCCAGGGGGGGCCCAUGCAAGGACACCACAGUCCUUAUCCGGGCGAACGGCUACGACCCAUCCGAUGCGCCCGUGGACUCGACGAGCGAGGCGGGCGUCAUGCCACCGUGCAGCUUGCUGCAGCCAUCACAGGUGGGACUGCCUGUGAGUCUCUCACUUGACACCUGCGUAUUUGGUCGCCUGCCGCAGCACUCGGACGGGUCACAGUUCCUGAUCCUUUCCAACGCGCUCGAUACGGCGUGCAAGUUUGCUUGGGACACCGCCCAUCCGUUGUACGGGUCACGCGUCGCAAUUCACCCGUCCGGUGGCAGCGUUCCGCCACUGGGGCACGUCUGCUGCAAGGUGUGCGUCCGCGGUGCGGGACCGCCCGAGGCGCUCGACCUCGUGCUCGGCUGCACCCUCGAGCCGCUUGCCUCGACUGCCGCAAACGAUUUCACCAGGACGGCGGAUGGGACGCGCAAACUUGUUGCCGAACGACCGGAGCAGCGACGAGAGCGCAGCGCGCUCACACCUCUCGCCGCUAGGCAAUCUCUGGCGCCGCCGCUGUCGAGCGCCGCGCCGCCGCGGCUGCUGCUCGGAGUCCGAGCGACGUUCCUUCCGUCGGCGACGCUACGCAGUGCGGCCUUCCCCUUGGCGGAGCACUUUGUCCCUCGCUCGCUGCCGCCGCCAGAGCCGACACAGCUAGGCCGUUCGAAGCCGAGGCGCAGUCAGGCAGGGAUCUACGGCGCGGGCGUCGCCCGCGACGCGGCAACUCGGCGAGCGCAGCGUGACACAGCAGAGGCGGUUCUCGUCGAGUUGUUGCAGGACGUAAUGCGGUCGGAGGAGGUGCGUCGCGUUCUCCAGGCGCCGCCGGUGAGGAUCGUCCCCUGGUUUGCCCAGCUCGCCUUUGCCAGGCACGGCACCGCUCCAGCGCCCGUGACUGUUCGAUGCGCCGACGCCACUUGUGAGGUUGGGGUUCUCGACGAUGCGGCCGCAGCUGAGGAGCGCAAGCAGGAGCGUGCGUUUGCUGCCGCAGAGGCGGCUCGCCGCACCACGCGGCGGCUGCGAGACGUGCAGUCAUCGGCGGAGCUGCAAGAGCUGGCGGCUUACGUCCUCGAGGGCACUCUGUUCAGCCUCGUCUCGGACGCCUCUCAUGGCGAGCUCUCGUUGCUUGAUCAAACGCCGACCGCCCCAACAGCAGAACCAGGACGAACGAGGGUGACCAAGGCUUUCGUUCGGCGAGGCCGAGGGCUAGGGGACACGCAAGAGUGGUGA